AUGCCACAAAAAUCAUCGCUUUCUUGUAUACAGGUAAAUUUUUUGGAUUUCGAAAUAAAUACAACAAUGUUUUUUAUUCAAGUUAAGUGGGGGUUGCACUUUUGUUAAUUUAUUUAAAAAUAACUUGAAUGAUGUGUUUUUAAGUUAUUCAAAAAUAUGUGGGAGGUUGUUUUGUAUCUAGAAUUUUAUUUUGAAAAAAAUCGUAUAAAUGAUGUGAGAUUCUAAUUUUUAAAACUCCUUACUUAAACAUUUUCAAGAUUCUAAUAGUCAAUCUAGUAGUUAAUCAAUUCUAAUGAUGUAAUUAAAAAAACCUUUGAAUAAAUAAAUAAAUUAUAUUUUUUAAGUUUAGCGGGGGUUGCACUUUUAUUAAUUCGUCUAAAAAUAACUUUUAUUAUGUGUAUUCAAGUUAUUCUAAAAACUAGGGGAGGUUAUUUUGUAUCUAGAAUAAUCAGAAUAUUGUAUUUCAAAAAAAAAUGCGUGACAUUUGACAUUUAACUUUUAAAACUCCUUAUCUAAAAAUGUUCCAGAGAUAAAUAGUUAAUCUAGGUGUCAAUCAUAUUCUAAUGCGCUCAAAAGAUUUUUUCAAGGAAAAAAACAGAAAGUUUUCUAGGUGUUUCACAACUUUAGGGAAUUAUUAACCUUUUUUGACUAAAAAAACAUUAAAAAAAUGUUCAAAAAUUGAAAUUUCAAAACACAAUACUUACAUUUCAUUCUUUGACCGAUUUCAUUAUCAUUUAAACUUUGAAAAAGAAGUUUCUUCCAAGAAAUAAAUGUUAGAAAAAUUAACAACAAUCAAAAAAAAAAGAGAAUUAUUUACAAUAAUACUUGUCAAACAAAAAGUUGUACAAUUUUUUUAUAUGUUGUUAGAUUGUAUGUGUUUUCUGUCUUUCACUUUCAGAUAAUCACACCUCGAUCAUCGCCAACACCAACUUCCACUAUAUUUUUCCCACCUCCAAGUUAUUUGUCUUCAUCGGAAUUCGAUCCGGUUCUUUAUCGCGAAGAAUUAUUGCGCAAAUCGUACUUGUCGAAAUUUCCUAUUGAUAGGUUGGUUAGAUAUUUUGUUUUUUUUUUCAAUUUUAUUUUUUUAUCUUCCGCGUUUGAUCAAAAAAUAUUUUGGGAACAAAACAUAUGUUUUUGAAAAAAAAAACGAUGUAUACAUAUGGUCUAUAGCCGGAAAUCGGAACAAUUUAUUUUGCGAUAAAAAUAAAACUGAUAUCAACAAAGUUCAAAUGUUUCUCUGGUUCAAUUUGUUUCAAAACGAUCAGUUUAUAAAGUUUUUCUUUUGCAAAGUACUAUUUCAAAAUUUAUUGUCUAGAAACUUGUUUGGAAAUUUGAGACAACGUGAAAUCGUCAACAUCUAUCUAAAACAUGAAUUUCAUCGAACAACUAAAAUAAAUUUCAGAAAAUUUUUUCCCCAUUUUCCUAAAUCUAUAGUUUUUUCCAGUUAUGAUCGUCCUGAUUAUUUAGUCACAAUUGGGAAAGCUCGACGACCUUGCUCGACAAUAACUCUAGGUAUGUUUUUUUAAUCUUGUUCCGUAUUCACUUUUUUACGACUUGUUCCAUUCAGAAGUGAAAGGUCGUGAUGAGAAGCCGCCAAAGAGUCAAUUAUCAGUGAAGUUCAUCAUUUUCUCGUGCCUUAUUAUUAUCAUUUUUCUUACAAUGUUCUAUAUUUAUAUCAGUGGUUUUGUUCAGUUCCUUGAAUAA